ACCCUCAGCAUCCAACUCAUCUCACGCUCCACCAAGCUCACAAAGUCACACACAAUGGCUACUAAGCUUGCAGCUCUUGGCUUUGUUGUCCUCCUGAGCAUUGGGUUCACCAAUGCUUCGAGGAUGCUCGCUAGCUCAUCUAGUGCAUCAGGAGGAGGAGGUGGGGGAGGCGGCGGAGGUGGUAGUGAUGGUGGGAGUGGUUGGGGCUCAGGAGGUGGAAAAGGUGGUGCAUCGGGAUAUGGUGGAACUUUUACAUAUGGGGGUAGCCAGAAUAACUAUGCCCAGGCAGCUGGUGGAGGAGGAGGAGAAGGCGCCGGUGGUGGUUCAAAGGGUGGAGCCGGAUCUGGUUCCGGGUCUGGCUAUGGUUCCGGCACUGGUGCGAGUGGUUCGGCAUCAGCCCCUACCGGGAAUGGGUAUGCCAAUGCUAAUGGUAAUGGUGGGGGUGAAGGCCAAGGUGCUGGUGCCGAUGGAACUAGCGGAAAAGGGUCGGGGGAGGGCGGCGGUCAAGGAAGUGGUGAGAGUGGUGUAGCGCUAGCACCGGCUCCUGGUGCUACUGGUGUCAGCUACUCUGAUGCGGGCGGCAGUGGUACCGGUGGUGGCGGCGGAGACAAUGGAAAUGGAGGUGGCAAAGGAGCUGGAGCUGGGCAGGCCUCCAGCGACGAAACUUCUGGAGGCAGCGCCAGUGGACAGGGUAGUGGCGACGGUGGUGGCAUUGUUAAGGGUGUCGCUCAAGGUCCAAGCGUCGGUGUUGGGAGCGGUUCUGGCUCCGGAGGUGGACAGACCGGUAGCUCUGGUACUUCUGGUUCAGGCUAUGCCACCGGAGAAGGAGUUGGCGGUGGUGGUGGCGCGGGUAGUAGUGAUAAUGGCGGGACAGGCAGCGGUGGAGGGACCGGGUCUGGAUCAGGCAGCGGGGGAUACCAUUAAACUUUGGGAUUCAGACAAACUAGAACAGGAGUCCAACAUGCGUUUUAAUCUCUUCAUUUUACUAUUUCUUGUCACUUAAGUUUCUCUCCUUUUUAUGUUUUUAUUAGGCUCAUAAUAAAGGGCUCCAUGUAUGAUUCUAGUGGAAGUUAAGCAGUAAAGAGAAAUGUACCUAUUUCCA